GAAAGAGAAAGGGCUGGGCAGCCAUCGGGUCCUUUCUUGUGCCAAUCCAGAUCCAUCCUUGGCCCCGGCAGCUUUGGCAGCGCUCGGAAAACUUGCAGCAGCCCAGCCGGAAGUCCUAAGGAGCACUGCAAGUUGGAAGGAGUCCAUGAAAGGCGCUAGCAGGGCCCCCAUCGGCUUCAGGGCCCGGGCUGGUGCUCGAUCCCUGCCCGGUUGGUGCUUCCAAAGCCUUGCAGCCCUGCCAGCUAGACAUUAAGAGCGGAGAUCGGAGGAUAGGGCUCGCCGGAGCGAAACCUCCCGCCGCCCACCCGACCCCGUCCUCGGGCCUUUUGCAAAAAAGGCCCGCCGAGCUUUUGUUUUCAAUCCGACGCUGCAUUUUCUCUGCCUUCUCUCCCCCCCUCCCCCGCCACAAAAGCUUUGCAGGAGAGGCGCGGGUGGCGGGCAUUGCUCGGGCAUGAGCUUGGCCGAGUUGCAACUUUGCAGCCGAACUCCCGGGAAAGUCCCCUCUGGAAAGGCCAGGCGCAAAUCUUGGGGUGCUUUUUGUUUUGGGGUGCCCGGGCCCAACCUGCGCUGUUAGAAAAGCGGUGGGGUGGGGGAGGGCAGAGGAGCUAACGAGUGACCUGAUGGCUGACUCUUUCAAGAAAAAAAGAGCCUUUGGCGAACCGCGUGGAUGAAGAGACCCGGACUGUGUGAACGAAGCCUCCCACGCUGCGCUGCAACCUCGCUUCGUUUUCGUUGGGACUUUUUUUUUUCCUCUCCUUUUUUCUUCUUUCCGCUCCCCGAUCUGUAUCCUAGGGGGCCGAUCCUGGGUAGUCCCCCCCCGAUGGCAGUUUUAAAUGGCUAGGAGGACUUUUCCCAUUGUACCUCUCCAGGUCGGUCCCGACACGCGUUGCUGGAGUUUCAAGAUCUUCCUGGUUGCGCCUGGCCUCUCGGAGGAAGGCCAUGCUGAGACUCCCCAAAGCUGGGCCUUCCGCCCCCGGCCGAGGGGCUCCUUCCCUCGUCCCCCCCCAGUCACAAAAGAAAAGCAUGUCUGUCGGCAGCUCCGCAGAGCUGGUGGUCGCCGACCUCGCAGGCCCUCCGGUGCGGGCUCUCCCCGCAGCCUAUUUCGCUCAGGUGUAUCCCCAAACUGCGGUGGUCGCUCCGUUACCUCGAGGCGGUUGCCUUUAUGCCACCCCUCAUGGACCUGAGAUCAAAACCAUGCGAUCGGCCUCCACGGGAAAACUGCCGGCCAAGAGAAAACUGGAUCUUGAAGGAACCGCUCAGCAGCGCAUCCCAGAAUUCCGAACACCGAAAGGCAAAGGAACCGCACUCCCACAUAUCCCUAGUCCAAAAACCCCCAAAUCUCCUGGAGAGAAGACCCGCUACGACACGUCUCUUGGCUUGCUGACCAAGAAGUUUAUCCACUUGCUCAGUGAAUCGGAAGAUGGGGUUCUGGACUUGAACCGGGCUGCUGAGGUGCUGGAGGUGCAAAAAAGACGCAUCUAUGAUAUCACCAACGUCCUGGAAGGGAUUCAGCUCAUUCGCAAGAAAUCCAAGAACAAUAUCCAGUGGAUGGGAACGGGACUUUUUGAAGAUUCUUCCGUGGCCACAAAACAACACCUCUUGCGACAAGAACUGGCCGAGCUUUCCAAGAACGAGAAGGUUUUGGACAAGCUGAUCCAGGAGUCCUCUCUGCAGUUAAAGCAUCUGACCGAAGAUGAGCCCAACCAAAGGUCAGCCUAUGUUACCUAUCAGGAUAUCCGAGCCAUCAGCAAUUUUAACGAGCAGACGGUGAUUGUGGUGAGAGCGCCCCCUGAAACUCGUCUUGAGGUGCCUGAUGUUUGUGAGGAGAACGUCCAGCUCCACCUAAGGAGUACCAAUGGCCCCAUUGAAGUCUACCUGUGCCCAGAAGAAAUUCUGGAAGAGAGCCCUGCCAAGGAGAGCUGCUUUCCUCUUUCAGCACACCAGGAGGUUACUAAACCCACAACGGUGAAAGUGGAAUUGGUGAAGAUGGAGCUGCCCAACUGCCUGAUGGAGGGAGAGGAUGGUCUCCUGGAGCCCCCUCAGCACCUCCUGCAGCAGACAGAGGACCAGCUCCCUUCUGCAGCCUAUGGCGACCCAGGCCCCUUUGUCAGUUUUUCCCCUUCCCUUGACCAAGAGGAUUAUCUAUGGGGAUUGGAGGAGGGUGAGGGUGUAAGUGACUUGUUUGAUGCCUAUGACUUGGGGGACUUGCUGAAAAAUUGAACCCAGAGCUCCCCGGCUCUUCCUGCGUUGUUACCAAUAACCUAUCCUGCGUGUACACAGAGAUCCAGAUUCCGAAGCUUUGGGCUUUUUCUUAGCAGUGUCUCUUUGCAUUUUGUCCAAAGGACAUGGCUUGCAAGAUUGCCUCUUUUAGUCGUUCUCCCUCAAUUUAGAAAAUCCUUGCCCGUUCAAGGCUCUCCCAAAGGAUUUUGAAUGGGUCCCAGGGCAGUAAAGCACCCCCUAUACUGCUGUGGGAAAGCCUUGCCUUUCUUCCUCCUCCUAGCAUUUUGUCUGUCUUUUUAGAAGGGAUGAGGAUCAGAUUUUAGACUCUUUCUUUCAUCAGGCCCAAUGGGAAAUUGCACGCACAAUUGCCAAUGCCUUGGAGAAACCAGGAAGUCUUAAUUCAGUUGUAUAUUUUCUUGUUGGAGCCCACACGUCUCGGGGCAUAAGGCCUCCAUCUCGGGCACCCUUCACCCCCUGAGAAGAAACCACAAAUCUGUCCUUCUGAAGUGUGCAAACCUGACUGCUCCAGGGACAGCAUUCCAGAGAAUACCCAAAUCCAUUAAUUUCCUUCUGGACACACGCACACCCCCGACCCUAGCACCCAGACAUAGUUAGAUUGUCCAAAAGUAAAUCUCAUGGAAUAGGAAGUGAUUUGCAAGAUUCCUGACCAGGAACAGGAAGUCGAAAGUGGCUGUCUUCUUGGUAUGAGCUUCCCUCUGGUCCAUCCCUCUGGGAGAAAAGGAACAAGGAGCUAGGCCAGCUCCUCCUGGUGCCAGGGUUCUCCUCCAUCUAAGCGUGUCUAGGCCAACCAGACACGUCUCUGAGGCUGCUCAGUGGAGAAUGAAUCUGGGGGGGGGGGACUCCACCUUUUACUACCCUAGCUGAACUUUGGAAAAUCCCAGCAUGCCCUGGUUUGAAACUGACUUCACAAUGCCUUGCAAAAGGUUCUAAUUCCACCUCGGAGGCCAUAUGGUAUCCUCCACAUGUUUGAGGCUUUCUCAUCAGCCCAGCUGGUGACGGAGAGUGAGAUUUGUUGAAAAAGAAAGAAAAAGAAGAUUUAACCAUCUGGCUUAUCAUAAUCUUGGUUGCACCCCAAGCUCUGGAUAAAUAAAAUAAGAGGGGGUUGAUUUCUUUUCUGCUAAAAACUGAGGUCUAAGAAGACAGCUACAUUCUUUCCCACGAUGCAGGUUAAAAGAGGACAUUUUUAAAUUCAUGCAAACACACUUUCCCCAGAAAGGUCUGGUCUUUUGACUUGGCUGUGUUCAUCUCAUAAUUGGACUGAUCUUGAUUACCCAACUUCAUUCUUUGUUGGGUCCAAGUGUUCAACUCUUUGUUCCCUUGAUAGUCAUACCACCUGAUGUAGUGAUUCUCCCCUUCUCAGAUGUUUUCAGUUGUCCCUUAAGCCUGACCAUAGCCUUAAUUCUGAAGUAUGUGUUUCUCUAUCAAAAAAUGGUGACCCAUCAGCCAUGUUAUAUAUUCUAACAAGUGUAAUAAUGCAAUCUCUGCCUCAUAAUAUAUAAAGCAGAUGUGAUCUUACAGGGGAACAUUAUAGUAGUGGAGUUGUACAUUUUUUCUGCAGUUUGAAAAUUUGCAUACUCUUACAAAUCUUUUGCUUCUGAAGCUGACACUGGUGUCUUAGCAAUACUUGUUUAUUUUUUUUUUUCACUGGUCGGAGCAGAGCUUCACUGUAUUGGUGACACUGGAUUUGACCGCAACUAUCAGAUAACCAAAUUUGGUUGUCUACCAAAAUGCAUUCAUUAUUCAAGAUCUCUGGCAAUACAUGUUUCCCUGCCAUAAGGUCACAUACCUGCAGCUCUAACUAAAAUUGCAGUGCAUUUCCUUUAUCCAGAGCUAGGCAACAUAUUUGCUGCUGCUGGGUGGAAGGGGCUACUUAGUUCAAAAUUAAUUUAUUUCUAUGAAAGGUGAAAUGGCUCUAGACCUGGGUUUUUAAAAGGAAGAGAUGUUAACGGUUAUGCAUGCCUUCCUUAAAUAGCAUGAUGGAAGGGAGAAAAAAAUCAACAGGCAGAGAAGUCUUUUCCAGUAACUGUAUAGUCGUCAUUUCUAGCUGCCUUAGGUUGACACAAGUCCAUCUGUAGUAAAUGCAUCCUUUCUCAGGGAACUAGAAUGUUACUUGGGUUGUUUCUGUUCUCAUCAACAUGUAGAGUAGAGGUGUCCAACCUUGGUAAGGUCUGGAGCUUUACUGAUCCUUAAGCUACCAGUCUUGCACAGUUUGGACCCAUCCUUCAUUUUUUGUUCUUCACAACUCAUGAGACUGAAUUCCUUGAGCAAAUUUAGCCUAGCUUUAAAGGGGCCUUUGGUUUGCCUUAACCACAUCAUCACGUAGAGUUGGCUUAUUGCCAAGUUGGGACCCUGUAUCUAGGCUGUAAUCUGUUCAGGAAGUCAGAAGAUCUUAACCUAGUGCAAAGGACAUUUAGAUUUCAGGAUGAAAUGUCAGCCUAGCCUUUUUUUUUUUUGACAUGCUUGUUUCUUCUACAUGCAAAGAUGUAUAGUUGGGCUGCUCAAAAUAUUAAUUCCUUUGCUGCGGUAGAAGAAAGAUAUUGUCUCAAUUGGAACGAAGGCUGUUGCAGUAGUGAAUAACCAGAGGCAUGAAUGUGUGUUUGUGCAUGCACGUGGGUGAAUGUGAGAAAGAAACUCAAAGAUUGCAUUAUCUGGAAAGUGGAUGUCAGAUUCUGUAUAGUGUUUUCGGGCAUCUAUCUUAUGGGGGGGGGAUCCUCAAUCUAUGCUUUUUCCUUAGUGGAGCUCUUAAAAUCUGAAUUACACCCUGUAUUCCAAAUUAGUUUUGCACUUGUGCAAAAUGUAGUGAUUUAUCUUUAUUUUGGUUGCAAGGAAGUGGGUCCAUGUUCACGACGUCGGUGGUGGUCGUUUACAGACAGCUUCUCUGCCUUAUUUUUCAGAGCCCCACUUUAAACCCAGUGUAGUUUUUCUGGCUACACCCACUCUCAAUUUCCUUGCUCGAGCAAGAAAUGUGGGAGCAGAAGGCACCAACGUUGGGCACGUAGUGGAAAGGUGUCCCAGCUUUGCUCAAGGUGGCUAAAGCUAUGCUGGUCAGGCCGAAGAUCUCAUUAGAAUGCACACAGUUUACCUCUUGACACAGAUGCCUUGCACAACCCAAGAGUGAGCCUUAGCACACUUCCAUGUCUCGAUGCUAUUUUCUUCCUUGGUUCAUAACCUGUCGCCCCAGAUCUACGACAACUCGCUACAGCCAACUUGCUGCGGGACAACUCGCCACGGGAGAAGAGUUACACUAAUAUCAAAGAAAUAGUGGAAUAGAAUAACUAAAGGAUGCCAAAGAAGGGACAAAAUGAAAUGUGAAUGACAAAAAUUUAAAUUAUUUUAAAUAAUUAAAUUGAACUGUUCUGUGGCGAGCUGCCCCAUUCUGUGCCACCCCUGCUUAAAAAAAGAGAAGUAGCAGUUUGGAGAUGGCAGCAAUUUCAGCUAAUGGCUGGUCCCUGCUACAGUUAUUUACUUAAUUGUCUUAGUGUGUAACUCAUCAUAGUUAAAUCCUGGGCUCAUAUGCAGUGUUGGAAGUGUGUGUAUGGGGGGGGGAAGGUGGUGCCGGUGUUCUCUUUGAAUAAAGGGCUAUGUGUUUUUUACUAUUUGAUAAGCUUUUUGAAGACACACAUCUUUGUGGAUUUCUUCGUCAAUGAAAUUAUUUGUAUGUACAGCAAAUGGAUUUGAAGAGCUGUUGUUCCAUAAAAGUGGAGGUUUGCAGAAGGCUGUUUUUGGGAGCUAGGCUUAUAGAAUAAUUAGUUCAUCAUGUCGCUGUUUUGUUAGCAGAGUUUUUUGAUGCUACUUUCUCACACCAGGUUUUAAUCCGGGUUGAGCUUGUACUUAAUGAAUUGCAGCUCAGCUCGAGUCUUAAUUCUACACACGCCUGCGCAGGAGAGAUUUCUUGUGCAAGCCACCUUUAAAAUCUUACCAAUACAUUUGACCCAGUGACACUGCUGGGCUUUGUCUUAAAAUUGUAAAAGUUGUAUAUAAUUGUUGCACUGUAUUUAUAACAGGAACCAUCUUUGACGCUUGUUCGGCCACGUGUGGGUUUUAUUUGCUUUGUUUGAAACCAGAGUAUUUAAAAAUGUGUUCUAAGGCUUUUUUUGUGAUGUUUGGCUUGGCCUUAGUGGAUGGAGAUGUGUAUGACUUAAAAAAAAUAACCUCGAGGCACUUGAUGAUGUGUUUUAUUUUAUUUUUUUGUGGGCAGCAAUGACAACAACAAAAAAGAAGGAAAUAAAACGUUUGAACCAAACUGGGACUCAUUUUCAGCUUUUUAUGUGUGGCCACUUUUUGCUUUGUUUAUUUUAAUUGCAGAAAGUCCCCUACUUACAACCUUUCGCUUAGUGACUCUUCAAAGUUACACCCGCAUUGAAAAAAAUGACUUACGACUGUUUUUCACACUUACAACCGUUGCGGCAUCCCCAUUUGGUCGUGCGAUCAAAAUUUGCUCAGAAUUCCGUACAGCAACUUUGAGGCUAUUUUCAAAAUGUUCUCUGGGAGGGAGGGAAAUGGAAAAUGCUUUCCACCAAAUAGAAGGAGAACAAUCGAGGGGGACAGGGAAGUGGAGAAAUUGUCUUUGAUCCAGCAUUGAUCAAAUGUUUUUCAACUAUCGUGGAAAAACCAGAGCUUCAAAUAGAAGGCCUGUUUCCAGAGCUAUCUGGGAAGAUGACCUGAAGCACUUAGUAUCAACACAUGGUAAUAAGUUAGGGUUUAUUUAAUUAUGGUUCAUUGAAUUGGUUGAGUUCGUGCAAUACUUUAUAUUUAUCUAUUUAUUUCCCACCUUUAAUUUUAAUUUUUACAAAUAACUCAGGACAACAAACAUAUCUAUUAUUCUUUUCUCUUAUUUUCCUAAUAUCUAAUAUGUGAGGUGAGUUGGGCUGAGGGAGAGACUGGCCCAAAGUCACC